UGGCACGCGACACUGGAAACGUGCUUGCGCUGCGCGCUCUCUGCUGCCACCAUCAUGUCUGCUCUCGCGUGGGCCUCAUCUUCGGCGCAUGCACCAGCACAUGCAGCUUCCGCGCAGUCCUUGUCUAUUAGAAGCUCCUCGCCGUCCUGUCGCCCACCGUGACUUCCUACGCCGCCCACCUCUUCCACGCCCGCCGGCCAGUCGAGUCGAGCACGAGACCGACUGCUAGCAUGCCGCGGCCGCUUCCACCGCCCACUCCGGGCUCCAGCAGCGACAUCAGAGGCAAGGACGGCUACCACGCUGGCCCAACGCUGCAUCUCCCGCCAACGGCCUAUCAAGACCACGUCGACCGUGCAAGCACCGCAUCAGCCACCCCAUCUGCCAAUGGCUCCGACAGCUCCUACCGUCCUCACUCGCCCACAUCGCCGGUCGAGACAUCAAGGAAAAGGCCGGCACCCAGCAGUGGCCCUGUCGUCACAAAAGAUGACUUCACCUUGCCGCCCCCGCCGACGAGGUCUCGCAAGAUCAUUCAGAUGAAGCCCAAGGACAGUGAGCACCAACAAGCGCCCUCGGCUGCUGCUUCAAAACAAACGGCGGCGGCUGAAAGUGCACCUACUACAAAAUCUGGCAAUAAAAGGAAGUCGGCGAACGCGGGUACAACAGCAGCGGGUCGCAAGAUCGCCAGAAAGACUGCACACAGCCUGAUCGAGAGGAGGAGGCGGUCGAAGAUGAAUGAGGAAUUCGGAGUGUUGAAGGACAUGAUCCCUGCGUGUCAAGGGCAGGAAAUGCACAAGCUUGCUAUCUUGCAGGCGAGUAUCGAGUACCUUAGAUACCUGGAACAAUGCGUGGCAGAUCUGAAGGCCCAGAACAAUUCACCGACAACAUUUCGUGAACCACCGCCACCCCGGAGACGGACGGACGCAGUCGACGAGGACGACGACGAGGAAAUGGGCGAUGAUGCCCGGGACCGCGACGACGGGACAUAUACGCCAGCGAGUGCCAGUGUGAAACAGUCGAACUCGGUCAUCUCCCUGCCAUCCCUUUCGCAAAUCACAACGACGACGACCACGUCACCGUCAAUCUUCCCCAUCGGAGCAAGCAACAGGCACUACUCCAUUUCAUCCGCUGCCAGCAGCUACUCUCCCUACUUCCACUCCAAUCAGGCUUCUCCGGCUUUCGGCCCUCAACUCACUCAUGUCACCACAGCUCCAUCCUUCGGCAAUGCUUUUGGUCUCGGUAGCCCGGCAUUGAAGCCCAUCGACUCAGCUUCACAUCUGAGGCAUAUUGCUGAAGGGGCGACUGCUGAGCUGUCUGAUAAGCAACGAGGCUCUCGCAUUGGACGGAGCGAACAUGAAUUGGAUCAGGAGGCUACUGCCGCAUUGCUGAUGCUCAACCAUGACCGACGGAAUUGGCGCGCUGCGCAGCACGAACCUGAACCAGCGCGAUCUUCCAGCACGGGAAUGAGUGUCAAGGAUCUGCUGAGCAAUUGAAAAAUUGUAGCUUCGAUUUAUUGUUGUUACGAGAAUAUAGACAUGUACUGGACGUGUUGUCUUACGACGGAGAGCGGAUGCCUCAUUGGAUCUUGAGUCUCGUGGACACCGGUAAUGUGCGUGAA